GUUGCCGAAGGUAGUGUACGCUCCGCGAUCCUUGAAGCAGGGUUGCCACAUGUGCCUCCGGAAACCCUUGCUUUCCUAACUGCGACGCGGUCAAUUCGCGGACGACUUUAGUCGCGAUCGAAAGUGUAGAAAUUGAGAGAAACGAGACUUUUGUGCUUUUAUUUGAAUAAGCCGCAUUCUGAGGAAUAUUUUGAUGGAACUCUGGACUUGUCGGGUAGGAAGUCGUGAGAAACUUUCUUUCCGAGAUGGGUAAGAGAAAGUAGAUGCGAUGAAGCAAGUUUCAUGGACGGAAUCAUUAAUAUAUAAUUGCAUCAUGGGUUUGGACGACGUCUGAUGAAGUAAUCUGGGGCAGCGGAAACUCCCUGCAGAGAGGAUUCCAGCGCACGAGUUGGGUUCCCGCAAGAAUGGAAAGACCCAGUGACGUCACACCACUCCUGCUGAGACUUCUUCUUCUCUUCCAGCUUGUCACGUACGGGUGGAGUCUUCGCGUAACCGGACUGCGAGUGCCAUCAGUCGUGGUAUCCGGAACAAACGUCCAGCUGAAGUGUAGCUACGAACACCGGACGGACAGGCCGGAUCCGCUGUACUCGAUAAAGUGGUAUCGAGGAGUGGACCAGUUCUACGAGUACAUGCCCAAGAAAGACCCGCCUGUGAGGGUCUACCCGCUCCCGCACCUCAAUGUUGAUAAGGGCAACAGCGACGACUCGAACGUCUUCCUGAAGAAGGUGACGAAGGAGAGCUCGGGCACCUUCCGCUGUGAGGUCAUGGGCGACAAGCCCCUCUUCGAGACAGAUGACCACGCCCUCAAUAUGACGGUGUUAGACAUUCCAAUAUGGGGUCCGGAGAUCCACGGCAUAUCCGACUCCAGCCGGGUGAGACCGGGAGACAUCAUAAGGACCCGAUGUCUAGUGGGUCCGUCGUACCCGGACGUGACCAUCACGUGGUACAUUAAUUACCAAGAGCCGCCCGGCCACGUGAGCAUCAUACCCAGCGCACAGAGUGACGACAAGGGCAGAAGAAUACAGAUAUCUGAGCUAACCUUCAAGGUCACGGAGUCAUCCUUUCAGAGAGGGGCCAUCGUCAUCACCUGCGACGCCAGGCUGUCGGUCAUCUAUCACAAAAUGACCAACGUCACCCUUAUCAACGCGGCCCAACCGCAGCCGGCGGGUUUUGGCUGGUUCUCUUCAGGAUCUUCCAUAAGAUCACGCAUGUCCGUGGUCUUUGUCUCGGCAGGGUUUCUCCUUUGGAAAGGACUGUAGCAUACCCCGAGCGUCUGCUGGAAACAUAUGACAGAAUCUCGCUUGUGACGCCGAGAUAACGAACAAGGAAAAUCAAUGGGAAGUAUUGGUUAAAAGGUUGAAAACAUACGGCCAAUUAUAUCAUAAAAAUAACAUCUUGAAGUUUUAUUGCGCUAAAUGCUGAAUGGUAAGUAGAAAAUCCGAAGUCAGCUGCACAGCAAAGACAUUUUGAAUGUGUAUUAUGCUGCAUACUGGUGACGAGCAAACAUCUUCAGUCAGCCACACACACAGUACAGAAAAAAAAUUAAGCAGUAAUCUGCUGCAGUACUGAAUGGGAAGCUGUAAAUUUACAUGAAUUACAGAGAGGGGAAAAUUGUUCAGAGGCUUACAAGUACUUCUAUACUGAAUUGACAAUUGAAAACUGUACCCGGAAGGUGAUGAGUGCUACAUAUACAGGUGGAGAAGCGUGAAAACAAAACCUGUGAACUCGUUAAUAAUAAGUCAACUGUGAGCGUACAGAACUCUCUCUACACCCAUUUAGAAUUUCAACACAAAGAUAACGAUAAUCCAGCGAAGCAGCUUCGUGAAUGCUCAUGUAAUAUGUAUGUUAAUUUUUUUUCUCUAUGUAAUUGCAUAAGCUUAUUCACAUGAGUCACAAUCUAGUCCUCUUUUGGCGCGAAUUAAGUGAAAGAAUAACUCCACCCAUUAGUUCUGAAUAAAUUUUCAACGUCUGCGAAGAAGCAUACCUUGCAAAUGGUUUGAUUAUCUUGGGAGAAUUUCAGUGAUUUCAGUUUCGUUUUUAUUUCUUUCAAUUAAUUCGACAGACUAAUAUAAACAGGGAAGACAGGUCACAUAACUAAAACCUGGUCUAUUAUCAAAAGCUCUUGAUUCUCGCCAAAAUUGAAGGAUCAUUUUCUUUGAUUGUUCUCCAAAUGUUUAAACAUGCGACCACAGAUUCAUGUACAAUGUGUUUCUUGAGCUGUCGUGCUGGCAAAUGUAAUGAUAAGCAGUAAGAUAAUCCUAAUCAAGUCGGAUAAUCCAACAAAUCCUACAAUCAAAAUAUUAAGAGGUAAAUACUACGACGUCAAACUUCGUGUGUAGAUGUCAGCAUCCCUUAAAAAAAACGGCCUCUUGCGCAAUUUUAGUAAUUUAUUUAUUUAUUUAUUUAUUUUAUUAAUCAACAAACGUCUGGUCAUCAUAAAUAUAAAGAAUGAUACGUUACUGAAGCUGCAGUAAUUUCCUCUUUUUUCCACAUCCUCCACCAUAAAGACGAAUGACUUUCUUUUCUAGGUGAAGCCAAUAUGUCUUUGUUCGUGCUUUCAAUCAAGCCUGGGCAAGAAAAAUGACACGGGACUGCUCAUGCAGUCUAUCUUUAAGUAAAUCAAUUAUUUCUUUACGGAAAUGUACCUUUUUUUGGCAAUACAGGUAAUAAUGUCACAGGGUUAAAGGAGUUUAAAUCUGGUGAAUAAAAAAAUCUGCAAAAUAUAUUCAAAUGACUAUUCCGUUACCCAAUAUGGCUCGAGCUAAAGGAGCUUAAUUUGACGUAUAAAAACUUCAAGACAUCACUCUACAGAGAUCUUGUGUGAAAGAGAAAAUGCGUAGAUCUUCGUGUUCCUUAGACAUAGAAUGCGCUACACACGUCACAUUUGUUUUCAGUUUUUUUACUAACGAUCAGUCUUCCAGUUGGAUAUAUUUACCAUUACCAAUAUUUUCCUACAUUAUUCACCGGGUUUGUCAUACAAUCCCGGAAUGGUGCUUGUGUUCCUGGACUUGGAAACGGAUCACGUCAUUUUUCCACCGAGGCCAACAUUGGUUACAUAGAAAAUCAAAAAGAAAAGAACUAGAA